CCCCCCCCCCUUCUCCUGCGAGCUGGUGUUCGGUAAACACACCAGUUGCAUGUCAGCGGUUUCUGUGCCCUAAAGGAUGCUCUCGCUCAGGUUCCAGAAGGUGUUUUGCAAAAGCAACACCUUGAAAAGAUGCUUCCACUCACUAAAUUCGAAUGUCAUUGGCACAGAGCCCGACCACACGAGCGACGAGUACCAGGAAAACUACCGUGGCAUGAAAGCUCUUGUUGAUGAGCUACAGACUGUAGUUGGCAAAAUAGUUCAAGGAGGGGGUGAAAAAGCUGUGCAGAGACAUGUUUCCCAAGGAAAGCUUACUGCUAGGGAACGGAUUAAUCGACUUACGGACCCUGGCUCUCCCUUCCUGGAGCUAUCACAACUAGCGGCACACAACAUGUAUGGAGAUGCUUACAUCCCAGCUGCAGGAAUUAUCACAGGCAUUGGUCAAAUUGCCAACACUGAAUGCAUGAUUGUAGCUAAUGACGCCACUGUUAAGGCUGGUUCCUACUACCCUAUGACCGUGAAGAAGCAUUUGAGAGCACAGGAGAUUGCGGAACAGAACAACUUGCCCUGCGUGUACCUAGUUGACUCUGCUGGUGCAAAUCUCCCCCAUCAAGCAACUGUCUUUCCAGACAGGGACCACUUUGGAAGAAUAUUUUACAACAUGGCCAACUUAUCUGCAAAAGGCGUAGCUCAGAUAGCAGUUGUUAUGGGAAGCUGCACUGCGGGUGGUGCAUAUGUUCCAUCAAUGGCUGAAGAAACUGUGAUUGUGAGAAGGCAAGGUACUAUAUUCCUUGCAGGACCACCACUUGUGAAGGCCUCAACGGGAGAGAUAGUUUCUGCUGAGGAACUCGGAGGAGCUGAUCUUCACUGCAGUGUUUCUGGAGUGACUGAUCACUAUGCCCUAGAUGAUGAACAUGCUUUGCACAUAACAAGACGAAUCGUUAGAAAUCUGAACAGGCCUCAUAUCCCUCAAACAACUUCAGCUACAUUUGCUCCGCCAAAGUUUUCUGCUGAUGAAUUGUAUGGCAUUGUCGGUACCAAUCGUAAAAAAAGCUUUGAUGUCAGAGAGGUCAUUGCCCGCAUAGUUGACGGUUCUGAAUUUGAUGAGUUCAAGGCAAAGUAUGGAGAUACAUUGAUUACAGGAUUUGCCCGUCUGUAUGGUAAUGUUGUUGGUAUUGUAGGAAACAACGGUGUUCUGUUUCCUGAAGCAGCUAUAAAGGGAACACAUUUUAUAGAGCUUUGUUGCCAACGCAAAAUCCCCCUGAUCUUUUUACAAAAUAUCACAGGAUUUAUUGUUGGACGUGAAGCCGAAGCUGGUGGAAUAGCUAAGCAUGGUGCAAAAAUGGUAACAGCAGUAGCUUGUGCCCAAGUUCCAAAGUUUACUCUAGUCAUUGGUGGUUCCCAUGGUGCAGGCAACUAUGGAAUGUGUGGACGUGCCUACAGUCCAAGGUUUAUGUAUAUGUGGCCCAAUGCACGCAUAUCUGUAAUGGGUGGAGAACAGGCAGCUGGUGUUCUUGCUGAUAUUACACGAGCCCAACAUGAAAAAGCUGGAAAACCUUGGACACAAGAGCAGGAAAAGAAGCUAAAAGACCCGAUAAUCCAGUCAUUUGACAGAGAAGGAAGUCCCUAUUACUCAAGUGCCAGGCUUUGGGAUGACGGUGUCAUAGAUCCUCGAGAUACUCGCCAAGUGCUAGGCCUUAGUUUGAGAGCAGCUCUCAAUGCCCCCAUUGGGGACACUAAAUUUGGUUUGUUCCGCAUGUAAGCUGAGUCAGUUUUAAGAGGUAGGACCUUUGUCUUGUACCAAAUUCAUUCCAGUACUUUAGACUGCGAAUCUGAUUUGAAAUAUUGAGGUUUAGGGUAAGUUCAUUUGUUUUGUGUAGAAUUAAGUUAAGUAAAUAUCUUAUAUUGUUAUCUUGUUUUGUUGAAGAUGUUUUAGGAUAAUGAUAUAGAGCACCUAAUGAAAAGUUCAAUUCAAUUUACAUCUUAAACUAUUUUUCUCCCCUUGUUUAUUUUUGAGUAGGGAAUGUUUGUAAAUUUGUAAUUUUUAUUUUUGAGUCAUUUUUCAGCUUUGUAUUAAGUGAUGUGUACAUUACAUACCUGGGCCCAGAAAACAAGACUGACACUUCACUUUUAAAAAUUUGUUACCUGUUAUGUGUGAAAGUUUUGUUUUAAUCAUUGUUACUUAAUCUGUUAUGGGUUUUAUUUUUUUGCGUUUUUCUGUCAGGAGGACCUAUUUCUUGUUUUACUAUCUGAAUUUUAUAAUAAAGUGUGUUGAUGUUUCA